AUGGUCCUGGAACUACAUGUUUGGGGCCCAGCGCUUGGCCUCGACUCUAUCGACCCCGAAUGUCUAGCCGCCAUUACAUGUCUCCGUCAAUCCCUUCCCCGCCAACAUUGGACCCUGAUUGCUACCAAUGACGCAGCUAUCAGCCCAGAUUACCGCCUCCCGGCCUUGAGGCACGAAGGCACCUGGACUUCUGGUUAUCGGAGUAUCAUCUCGUAUCUAAGCCAACAGGGGCUCUUACAGAUUGAUGAUGACCUCACACCGUUGCAGAAGGCUGAUUCCCUAGCAUGUGUCUCGUUUCUAGAUACCCGCGGCUCGGGCCUCCUGGCAAUGUCGCUCUACGUCUCACCCAGAGCCUGGGCUGAUAUAACCAGGCCAGCCUACUCAUCCCUGCUUCCUUUCCCGCUCACGUGGACAGAACCCCCAGCCGUUCGCGCUACUGCCAUUGAGAAGGCUGAGCACCUUGGCAUUGGGUACCUUGCGGCUGAAGUAGAUGACGAAGAGUCUUCUGCCAAUGGAAGUGUUGAAACCCUCUCUACUGGGUUUCUCCGGAUCCGGGAUCGUUUGGGCCCUAGUAGGACCAUGCAGCCCGAACAUACAGCCGCAAUCCGCUUCCAGCAUUUCGCAGAGGAUUUUUACUCUGUCUUGAAUCAACUUAGAGGGGAGAAGGCGUUCUUCCUACGAGAAGAAAAAUUAUCAUCUCUUGAUUUCCUAGUCUACGGGUACUUGCAACUGAUGCGAGUGCAGACGCCGCACCCCAUACUAAAAACUGUGCUAGAGAAGUCGUUUACCAGGUUGCUGGAUUUCACGAACGAAGUAACUUCUCGGAGUCACGAGAAGGAUCUACCUUGGCUCGAGCCAUCACCACGAGGCGCCCUCGACCUGAUUGGUCGGUUUGCGGAAGGAUCUUUAGACGCUACCCCGGGCAUCGGGGAUGCCUGGUACAGGUGGCGCAAGGGCGGCGUUUUGGGUUAUGGGGAUGAUGACGUGAAGGAUUCGACUCAGCUGAUUCUCGCGGUCGGAGGGGCUGUCGCGAGCGUGACAGCCUUGGGCGCUGUGGCGUUAUUCCGAGCACUCUCGCCUUUCGGCACGAGCACGCAUCGGUUUGAGCCCGUCCAGGAGAAUCAGACCGGAUUACACCAGUUUGGAGAGAUAGGAUCGCUGCUAGAAGGGCUACCCGUCUGGGAGCAGCCUAACAACAGUUUUUUGCCUACUUAG